AUGUGGUUCUUAGAAAAAGAAAGCCUUCUCGCACCCAAGCAAUGUGGCUUCAGAAAAAACAGAUGCACCACGAACAAUAUCUUAAACUUGGAGACAAAAAUUGGAGAAAUAUUCAUUAACAAGAUACUGGAGAAACUGGAGAUACUCAAGAUACUGGAGAUACUGGAGAUACUGGAGAUACUGGAGAUACUGGAGAUACUGGAGAUACUGGAGAUACUGGAGAUACUGGAGAUACUGGAGAUACUGGAGAUACUGGAGAUACUGGAAAUACUGGAGAUACUGGAGAUACUGGAGAUACUGGAGAUACUGGAGAUACUGGAGAUACUGGAGAUACUGGAGAUACUGGAGAUACUGGAGAUACUGGAGAUACCGGAGAUACCGGAGAUACCCGGAGAUACUGGAGAUACUGGAGAUACUGGAGAUACUGGAGAUACUGGAGAUACUGGAGAUACUGGAGAUACUGGAGAUACUGGAGAUACUGGAGAUACUGGAGAUACUGGAGAUACUGGAGAUACUGGAGAUACUGGAGAUACUGGAGAUACUGGAGAUACUGGAGAUACUGGAGAUACUGGAGAUACUGGAGAUACUGGAGAUACUGGAGAUACUGGAGAUACUGGAGAUACUGGAGAUACUGGAGAUACUGGAGAUACUGGAGAUACUGGAGAUACUGGAGAUACUGGAGAUACUGGAGAUACUGGAGAUACUGGAGAUACUGGAGAUACUGGAGAUACUGGAGAUACUGGAGAUACUGGAGAUACUGGAGAUACUGGAGAUACUGGAGAUACUGGAGAUACUGGACAUACUGAAGAUACUGGAGAUAGUAGAAAUUCUGUUAAUGCUAAAGAUACUGGAGGUACUGGAGAUACUGAAGAUACUGGAUAUACUAAAGAUACUGGAGAUACUAUAAAUACUGAAGAUACUCGAAAUACUGGAGAUACUGGAGAUACCGGAGAUACUAAAGAUACUUUAGAUACUGAAGAUACUGGAGAUACUGGAGAUACUGAAGAUACUGGUGAUACUGGAGAUACUGGAGAUACUGGAGAUACUGGAGAUACUGGAGAUACUGGAGAUACUGGAGAUACUGGAGAUACUGGAGAUACUGGAGAUACUGGAGAUACUGGAGAUACUGGAGAUACUGGAGAUACUGGAGAUACUGGAGAUACUGGAGAUACUGGAGAUACUGGAGAUACUGGAGAUACUGGAGAUACUGGAGAUACUGGAGAUACUAGAGAUACUGGAGAUACUGGAGAUACUGGAGAUACUGGAGAUACUGGAGAUACUGGAGAUACUGGAGAUACUGGAGAUACUGGAGAUACUGGAGAUACUGGAGAUACUAGAGAUACCAAAGAUACUAAAGAUAUUCAAAAUACUAAAGAUACUGGAAAUACAGAAGAUACAGAAGAUACAGCAGAUACAGCAGAUACAGCAGAUACAGCAGAUACAGCAGAUACAGCAGAUACAGCAGAUACAGCAGAUACAGCAAAUACAGCAGAUACAGCAAAUACAGCAGAUACAGCAGAUACUGGAGGUACUGGAGAUUCUACAGAUACUGGAUAUACUAAAGAUACUGGAGUUACUGGAGAUACCGAAGUAAUUUCAGUAACUGAAUAUACUGGAAAUACUGAAGAUAAUGGAGGUACUGGAGAUACUAAAGGUACUAGAGAUACCGAAGAUACCGGAGAUACCAGAGAUACUGGAGAUACUGGAGAUACUGGAGAUACUGGAGAUACUGGAGAUACUGGAGAUACUGGAGAUACUGGAGAUACUGGAGAUACUGGAGAUACUGGAGAUACUGGAGAUACUGGAGAUACUGGAGAUACUGGAGAUACUGGAGAUACUGGAGAUACUGGAGAUACUAGAGAUACCAAAGAUACCAAAGAUACUAAAGAUAUUCAAAAUACUAAAGAUACUGGGAAUACAGAAGAUACAGCAGAUACAGCAGAUACAGCAGAUACAGCAGAUACAGCAGAUACAGCAGAUACAGCAGAUACAGCAGAUACAGCAGAUACAGCAAAUACAGCAGAUACAGCAGAUACUGGAGGUACUGGAGAUUCUACAGAUACUGGAUAUACUAAAGAUACUGGAGUUACUGGAGAUACCGAAGUAAUUUCAGUAACUGAAUAUACUGGAAAUACUGAAGAUAAUGGAGGUACUGGAGAUACUAAAGGUACUAGAGAUACCGAAGAUACCGGAUAUACCAGAGAUACUGGAGAUACUGGAGAUACUGGAGAUACUGGAGAUACUGGAGAUACUGGAGAUACUGGAGAUACUGGAGAUACUGGAGAUACUGGAAAUACUGGAAAUACUAGAGAUACUAGAGAUACUAGAGAUACUAGAGAUACUAGAGAUACUAGAGAUACUAGAGAUACUAGAGAUACUAGAGAUACUAGAGAUACUAGAGAUACUAGAGAUACUAGAGAUACUAGAGAUACUAGAGAUACUAGAGAUACUAGAGAUACUAGAGAUGCUAGAGAUACUAGAGAUACUAGAGAUACUAGAGAUAUUAGAGAUACUAGAGAUACUAGAGAUACUAAAGAUACUAAAGAUACUAGAGAUACUAGAGAUACUAGAGAUACUAGAGAUACUAGAUAUACUAGAGAUACUAGAGAUACUAGAGAUACUAGAGAUACUAGAGAUACUAGAGAUACUAGAGAUACUAGAGAUACUAGAGAUACUAGAGAUACUAGAGAUACUAGAGAUACUAGAGAUACUAGAGAUACUAGAGAUACUAGAGAUACUAGAGAUACUAGAGAUACUAGAGAUACUAGAGAUACUAGAGAUACUAGAGAUACUGGUGAUACUAGAGAUACUAGAGAUACUAGAGAUACUAGAGAUACUAGAGACACUAGAGAUACUAGAGAUUUUCGAGAUACUCGAGAUACUAGAAAUACUAGAGAUACUAGAGAUACUAGAAAUACUAGAGAUACUAGAGAUACUAGAGAUACUAGAGAUACUAGAGAUAAUAGAGAUACUAGAGAUACAAGAGAUACUAGAGAUACUAGAGAUACUAGAGAUACUAGAGAUACUAGAGAUACUAAAAACACUAGAGAUACUAGAGAUGCUAGAGAUACUAGAGAUACUAGAGAUACUAGAGAUACUAGAGAUACUAGAGAUACUAGAGAUACUAGGAGAUACUAG